AACUUUCGGUCAGUCAGAAAUAAAAGUUCUCAACAAAUAGAAGUGUUUAGAUCGAGCAAAAUAAUUGAGAUUAUUUUUCAACAAAAUAAUUUUGUACUAUCAGUCCAACUCGUGGCUUGAUUUUUUACGCACAUUAAUUUGUUAAAUUGGAGAUAAGAAAAUAAUCUGGUGGAUUGAGGAAUCAACAAUGGAGCUAUUAAUUAUUGUAUUAAGCUGUUGUAUAGCUGCCGCAAGCGUAGGAGCCCUUGAUAUCAGUAUUGAAGAGGAAUGGAAUAUGUUUAAGCAUACAUAUGGAAAAAAUUACACAAAUGAAACAGAAGAAAAUUUUCGCAUGAAAAUAUUUUUGGAUAACAAAGACAAAAUUGAAAAACACAAUCUGAAGCACACCAAAGGCUUGGUUUCAUUUACGUUGGGUCUAAACAAGUAUGCCGAUUUAAUGUAUGACGAAUUCUAUACCUUGGUAAAUGGUUACAAUUUAUCUCUUGAAAUGAAUCAAACUUAUAGAUAUAUGGAGAUGAUGCCGGAAGAAGGUAUCGAUUACGUAAGCCUAUCCAAUACAACACUGCCAAAAUCAGUCAAUUGGACGGAACUUGGCGCUGUUACACCGGUUAAGGAACAGGGUUAUUGUGGAUCCUGUUGGGCGUUUUCAGCCAUAGGUGCAUUAGAAGGACAACACUUUCUCCAUAACGGAAUAUUAACUUCUUUGUCUGUUCAAAAUGUAAUGGAUUGCUCAAAAAAUUACGGAAAUACAGGUUGUACUGGUGGUUUUACAAGACAAGCCUACAGAUACAUAAAGUACAAUAGUGGUAUAAAUACUGAAGAAGUCUAUCCAUAUAAAGGAGUUGAUGGUACCACAUGUAAUUUCGACAAAAGCAAAAUUGAAGCCACAGAUCGAGGAUAUGUCAAUCUUCCACAAGGAGAUGAGGCAAUCAUGAUGGAAGCUGUUGCAACCGUUGGUCCACUUGCAGUUGUUAUUGAUGUCAAUCGAGAAUCACUGCAAUUCUACAAGAACGGAGUUUUUAAUGAACCCGAGUGUCAUUCCGGUGUGGAGUAUGGAAGACAUGCUGUUCUCUGUGUUGGUUAUGGUAGCGAAGAAAAUGGCGCUGAGUAUUGGUUGGUGAAAAAUUCGUGGGGAAGCACAUGGGGUGAUGGAGGCUUUAUCAAAAUGUCACGCAACAAGGAUAAUCAGUGUGGUAUUGCAAAUGAUGUCAGUUACCCAUUGGUGUAGUUUGUAGAUAUACUUUGAAUGUUUUAAUGUUUGUUUUGUAUAUUUUAGUUGCAAAAAGUCUUUAGAACUAUAAAUCAUUCCUUGAAUAACA